UACCAUCGCUGACAGCAUAAUUCUUUCUUCCAAAACUCUAUAUAUUUGAACAUCAAAUGAUCCUUCAAACACUAAAUUCAACUCAUUCCUAGUGUUCUACACUAAUCAGAUCAAAGCUUCAGACUUUUAUCAGAGUCUUUCAUCUCUAGCAAAAUGGGGAUUCGAUUGCUAUCCUUGGUUCCUCAUGCCAAGCAUAUCCUAAAGAUGCAGUCAGGUUUUACCAAAAGUCAGUUGGAUGUGCCAAAAGGCCAUGUGGCUGUUUAUGUAGGAGAGAUCCAAAGAAAGAGGUUCUUGGUUCCAAUUUAUUACUUAAACCAUCCAUCAUUCCAAAAACUACUCAGCCAUGCAGAGGAAGAGUUUGGCUUCCAUCAUCCACAAGGGGGUCUAACCAUUCCUUGCAAGGAGGAUGCCUUCAUUGAUCUCGCCUCUAGAUUGCAGGUCUCUUGAAGUAUGCAGAAGAAAGGACAAUAUGCCAUUUUUGACAAAUUUUUUUCCGACUCAUUUACUUUUUAACGCAUGCUAGAGUGUUGUAGAGUGGGAUACCUUCCUACCUGUAAAUGAGUUGCAUUGUAAAGAUACAUUUAUUGACAGAAUUAAUGAAAAAUAGAUCAA